UCUGAAACAGAGGAAAGGAUGUCUUGUGCAAAGUCACAUAGCAAGGCAGAGCUAGCUGCGGACAAGCCUCAGGGCUUCUCGAGUCCCUGGCCUGCAUCCACUGUGCAUUCAGUGGCACAAAGCAGCUCUGCAAAUCCCACAUUCAUUACAAUACAAUAAAGCUUUGCUGCAUGGGUCUGUCUGGGUUUUUUUCCACAAUGUCUCUCAAACCCAAGAGUGAUUUGCAUUUUAAAACCACCCGUUACAGCACAGGAAAAUGCUGUUCAGUAGUUCCCAGAGCUCAGGAGUGAAGAUUCUCUCUCAGCUCUCUCCCAGUUCUUUUGCCUAAGAUAUAUUUUUGUCCACAUUGCACAUGACUUAUUGCUAAUGUUUAUGUCAUGAAUAUUCAUGAUAUCCUUGGGCUUCAAGCCUCCCGUGGAAAGGCAAUCACAGGAGGCAAUGGCAGCCCUAAAACUCCUACACUCCAUACAUACAGCAUGGAGACGUCAGGGUGAGGAGGCUUGUUUGGUUAGGAUGUGAGCUGUGGGAUACUAAUGCAGUCUGAAAGCCUUUGGGGAAUGCUGGUGAAGCUGUUAAACAGUGCAGCAAAGGCCUUUUGAACAAACAACUUCCACAGAACCAUAAGCUUCACUUAAUUGCAAGGAGAAGGACCCCCACACAGCAGGGGUUUAGAAUAUGCUCUGUCUCUCUUCACAUCUGUUUCUUUUUCUCAGGCAGUCUGCACAUGGGUCUCCCUUUACCAGAGAGCUUCCAGACUGGGGAAACUUCCUCCUCCUCAGAAGUGUAAGACCUUACCUGUCAGCAAUGGCACUGGACAUGGACACAGAGGAUGACCCCUUGUUACAGGAUGCCUGGCUAGAGGAGGAAGAUGAAGAGGUAGCCUUCAGCUCACGGAAGAGGCGUGAGGGUGCGCUGUUGUGUGGCAGAAGCCCCUGCAGAGUCAGGCCCCUGCGUGUCACUCUGCCUGUGUCUGGCUUCUGGAAUAUUGUUGGAUGGGUAUUUACGAACCCCUACUGUGCUGGCUUCAUCCUUUUCCUGGGCUGUGCCAUCCCUGCUGUGCUUGCUGUUGUCAUGUUCCUCCACUACCCAGCCCUGGAUAUUGACAUCUCCUACAAUGCUUUUGAGAUCCGCAACCACGAAUCCUCGCAGCGCUUCGAUGCCCUCGCCUUGGCCCUCAAGUCCCAGUUUGGGUCGUGGGGCAGGAACCGCCGGGACCUGGCUGACUUCACCUCUGAAACCCUGCAGAGGCUCAUCUUUGAGCAGCUCCAGCAGCUUCACCUCAACGCUUCCCACCUCGGGGUGAGCGCACGGGUCAAGCGCAGCACCCCACAGGGCAGGACGAGCUCCCCCAAGCCCCAUGGCCACCUCAACCCAGGAAACAGGACUUCCCGGACUGCGAGGGGUGCCCCGCGCUGGGACUACUCCAGCACUUACAUCAGUGCCAACACACAGACUCAUGCCCACUGGCGCAUUGAGCUCAUCUUUCUGGCCAGGGGGGACUCUGAAAACAACAUCUUCACCACUGAGCGCCUGGUCACCAUCCAUGAGGUCGAGCGUAAGAUCAUGGAUCACCCUCGCUUCCGGGAGUUCUGCUGGAAACCCCAUGAGGUCUUGAAGGACCUGCCCCUGGGCUCCUACUCCUACUGCUCCCCUCCCAGCUCCCUCAUGACCUACUUCUUCCCCACUGAGAGAGGAGGGAAGAUUUACUACGAUGGCAUGGGACAAGACCUUGCUGACAUACAAGGAUCCCUGGAGCUGGCCAUGACGCACCCUGAAUUCUACUGGUACGUGGAUGAGGGCUUGUCUGCAGAGAACAUGAAGAGCUCGCUGCUGCGGAGCGAAAUCCUCUUUGGGGCUCCCCUGCCCAACUACUACUCGGUGGAGGACCGCUGGGAGGAGCAGCGCCGCAAGUUCCAGAGCUUUGUCAUCACCUACGUGGCCAUGCUGGCCAAGCAGUCCACGAGCAAAGUCCAGGUGCUCUAUGGAGGAACGGACUUGUUUGACUAUGAAGUGAGGAGGACUUUCAACAAUGACAUGUUGCUGGCCUUCAUCAGCAGUAGCUGCAUAGCUGUCCUGGUCUACAUCCUCACCUCCUGCUCAGUGUUCCUGUCGUUCUUUGGCAUUGCCAGUAUUGGGCUAAGCUGCCUGGUGGCUCUGUUCCUGUACCACGUCGUGUUUGGGAUCCAGUACCUGGGCAUACUCAAUGGUGUGGCUGCCUUUGUCAUUGUGGGGAUUGGGGUUGAUGAUGUCUUUGUUUUCAUCAACACCUACCGCCAAGCCACCCACCUCAAGGACCUGCGGCUGCGCAUGAUCCACACCAUCCAGACAGCAGGGAAGGCCACCUUCUUCACAUCCCUGACCACGGCUGCAGCGUAUGCUGCCAACAUCUUCUCUCAGAUCCCAGCCGUGCAUGACUUUGGACUCUUCAUGUCACUGAUUGUGUCCUGCUGCUGGGUAGCUGUGCUCUUCACCAUGCCAGCUGCUCUUGGAAUAUGGACCCUUUAUGUGUGCCCAUUAGAGAGCUCCUGCCAAACCAGCUGUAAUCAGAAGUGCACCAAGAAGAGUGCCUUGCACCUGGCUGAAGAUCUCUUCAUUGCUUCAGAGGCCACCUCCAGAGCAGGCAGAGAGACACUUCCCUAUCUUGAUGAUGACAUCCCACUGCUCAGUGUGGAGGAGGAGCCUGUUUCCCUGGAAAUGGGGGAUGUCCCCUUAGUAUCUGUGAUGCCAGAAAAUCUGCAGCUGCCUGCAGAGAAGGGCAACCGGGGCCACUUGAUAACUCGCCUGCAGGAGCUGCUGGAACAGUGGGUGCUGUGGUCUGCAGUGAAGAGGAGAUGGGUGAUUGUGGGGCUCUUUCUCCUGGUUUUGCUGCUGUCCAUAUUCUUUGCUAGCCGCCUCCAUCCAGCUAGCCGUGCUCCGGUCUUGUUCCGACCAGACACUAACAUCCAGGUGCUGCUAGACCUCAAAUACAACCUCAGUGCUGAAGGCAUCUCCUGCAUUACCUGCUCAGGUUUGUUUCAGGAAAAGCCCCACAGUUUGCAGAACAACAUCCGAACCUCCUUGGAAAAGAAGAAGAGGGGCUCAGGGUCACCCUGGGGAAGCAAAGGGAGCAUAAGUGAUACAGGGCAGCAAGAUCUCCAGGGCACUGUGUACAUCUCCAAGUCCAGAAGCAAGGGAAGGCCGGCUGUCUACAGAUUCUCACUCAAUGCCAGUGUCCCUGCCCCCUGGCAGAUGGUGUCACCGGGAGACGGGGAGGUGCCUUCAUUCCAGGUGUAUAGAGUGCCUUUCGGUAACUUCACCAGGAAGCUGACAGCUUGUGUGUCCACAGUAGGGCUGCUUAAGCAGACGAGCCCGAGGAAGUGGAUGAUGACCACCUUGUCCUGUGACACCAAGAGAGGCUGGAAGUUCGACUUCAGUUUCUACGUGGCCGCCAAGGAGCAGCAGCGAACACGGAAGCUGUAUUUCGCCCAGUCGCACAAGCCCCCUUACCAUGGCCGAGUGUGUGCAGCACCUCCUGGGUGUCUUCUCAGCUCUAGCCCAGAUGGACCCACCAAAGGCAUCCUUUAUGUUCCCAGUGAGAAAGCAGCAUCCAAAGCAAAGCUGUCAGCCACCUCUGGGUUUAAUCCCUGCAUGAACACAGGCUGCGGGAAGCCGGCGGUGCGGCCGCUGGUGGACACAGGAGCCAUGGUGUUCGUGGUGUUUGGUAUCAGAGGUGUUAAUCGCACGAGGCGCCUGGACAACCACGUCAUUGGAGACAUGGGCAGCGUUAUCUACGAUGACAGCUUUGACCUCUUCAAAGAGAUUGGCAACCUGUGCCGCCUCUGCAAAGCCAUCGCCAGCAACACGGAGCUGGUGAAGCCAGGAGGGGCUCAGUGCCUGCCCUCGGGUUACAGCAUCUCCUCCUUUCUGCAGAUGUUGCACCCUGAGUGCAAGAACAUCCCUGAGCCAAACCUGCUGCCUGGACAGCUCUCUCAUGGGGCAGUGGGGGUGAAGGAUGGGAAGGUGCAGUGGAUCUCCAUGGCAUUUGAAUCGACAACCUACAAAGGGAAAUCUUCCUUCCAGACGUAUGCUGACUACCUGAAAUGGGAGACGUUCCUACAGCAGCAGCUCCAGCUCUUCCCAGAGGGCUCUGCUCUCCGGCACGGUUUCCAGACCUGUGAGCACUGGAAGCAGAUCUUCAUGGAGAUCAUAGGAGUGCAGAGUGCCCUGUACGGUCUCGUCCUCUCCCUGGUUAUCUGUGUGGCUGCAGUAGCGGUGUUCACCACUCACAUCCUCCUGCUGCUGCCAGUGCUGCUCAGUAUCCUAGGGGUGGUCUGCUUGGUGGUGACCAUCAUGUACUGGUCUGGCUGGGAAAUGGGUGCUGUGGAAGCCAUCUCCCUCUCCAUCCUUGUUGGUUCCUCUGUAGAUUACUGCGUGCACUUGGUGGAGGGCUACCUGCUGGCAGGGGAAAACCUGCCACUGCACCAAGCAGAGGACCCCAGAGCGUGCCGCCAGUGGAGGACGGUUGAAGCCGUGCGUCACGUGGGGGUGGCCAUCGUCUCGAGCGCCGUCACCACCGUGAUUGCCACCGUCCCGCUCUUCUUCUGCAUCAUCGCCCCUUUCGCCAAGUUUGGGAAGAUCGUGGCCCUCAACACGGGAGUCUCCAUCCUGUACACGUUAACUGUGAGCACAGCCCUGCUCAGCAUCAUGGGGCCCGGCACCUUCACCCGCAGCAGGACUUCCUGCCUCAAGGCUGUGGUGGGGGUGCUGCUUGCUGGCCUCCUGGGUCUAUGCAUCUGCCUCGUCCUGCUGAAGAGUGGAUUUAAGAUCCCUCUCCCCAAUGGGACAGCCCUGUAGACCCUAUGCCAAGAGCCAUGUGCUCUGUCCUCUUGCUCCCUUUCUUUUUUCUUUCUCUUUUUUUUUAAAGGAUAUUUUUUGUAAGAAAAAGAGGAAAAAAGCCCUAAAAAAAAAAAAACCCGAACCAACACCCCUUUUCCAGAAGUCUUUCAACUCCAGAUGCACUUUAUUUUCUAAUGGGUUUUGCUCUAAACUUGUAUUUAUUUUGGGUAGUGAUGGAUGAUGGACAGUGAGGGCUGUCCAGCAGAUGCCUCAGCCUGUGAGGAGGAGGGGAAGAGGUCUCCUCUCAGUUUUCUUUCUGCUUUGCUUUUCUUCCCUUUUCCUUUUUGUCUCUCUUUUUUUAAUGAAGAGUUUUCUGGAACGGCAAAGCGAAAAGGGGAGAAGUUGGGAAGGCCAUCUGCUCCCUCUCUAAACCCUUCCCUCUGUCUCUCCCCUUGGUCAGCACUGCAACAGUGACUCUUGAGGUGAUGUCCUACCCCCAUACCAAGCCUGUGCCUCAUUACCCAAGCCUUGGGAAACAGCAGUGAGCUGCUGGAUGGGCCUGGGAAAUAGGUUGUCUGGACCCCUUUGCUGUGCCCUGUGCCCAAGCUAAACCAGCAUUGAACUUGCUGCAGAGGAGCUCUUGUCAUGGGAUUGUCACUGUGGGAUCUGAAGUAGAGAUGCUGGGUGGCACCGCCUGCUGUCCUCGUCUGUGGAGGGUGUUAGGAGGCACGGCUUUCCCUUUCUUUCUGAAGGGUCAGUGCACCUUUCUCUGGAAUCUCUUGGGUCUGUGAAGAGCCAACAGGAAAGCAGUCAGUGCCCUCAGAAGCCUGCCCUCGUCUCCUUCAUCUUGGUGUUCUUUAGGGUAGAGAGAAAGCAGACAGCCUUGAGGCCCCUGCAGAGCCUUUUGGUCUUAACCUGAGGAUAGCAUCACAGAAUGGUUUGGGUUGGAAAGGACCUUCAGAUCACCCAGUUCCAACCCCCGAAUGAGCUUUAGGAUGUCCCUCCAUUAUGGAGACCGGAGGGCAGCAGAGCUUCAGCCUGCAGCUGCUGCCUGCUCGGAGCAGAUGGUUUAUAUUACAGUAAAAUGAAGUCACAAACUGCUGCCAUUAACAAGUACAUUUUAAGCAUCACUGAUUCUAUCAUAUUUUUAAAAUUGAAAUAGCUAA